AUGUCCAUCAUCAGUAUCUUCUUUCUCUUGCCCAUUAUCAAUAUUUUCAUCUUCCCCACCUUUGCCUAUGAUGCCCCGCCAACGCAGGACAUUUGCGUAGCAGAUUUCAGCAAAGGAGAAAAAGCAUAUGACAACCUUCCAUUUCCGUGCAAGGACCCCCAACAAACGACAGCCAAGGACUUCUUCUCCGACUUGUUGAGCAAAGCUGGCGACAUCAACAACACGUAUAAGGCCGCCUUCAACACUCUCAACACCACCCAAAUCCCGGGCAGAAACGCACUCGGCAUGACCGUCACCCGACUCGACCUGGGUCCCGGAGGUACCUUCCCUCUUCACAUCCACCAUAGGGCAACCGAACUCUUCAUUGUCUUUGAAGGAGAGUUGGAGGUAGGGUUUGUAACAUCCGAUCCGUAUUACAAACUAUAUAACAUGACGAUUCCAAAGGGUGGCGUGUUUUACGUACCUAUGGGACUCCUUCACUAUCAGAGAAAUGCGUUGAAAGAUGGUAAUACAGUUGCGUUCAGUGUGUUCAACAGACAGAACCCAGGGUACAAUCCGGUUGCGCACGCUGCUUUCAAGUCGGCACCUCCCAUUGACAGUGCCUAUCUUGCUAAUGCCUUUCAGUUGGACGAGAAUAUCAUAAAUAUGCUCCAGGAGAAGACGUGGGUCUAGACAACACAUAUACUAUCUUCAAAUUAAUAAAUUUCGAAUCUGUUUGUGGUGGUUGUUAAUUUGCUAUUUUGACAAAGUCCCCAGUCAAGCUUUGUAUUUUUCUUGCAUGACUAAGAGUGAUGAAUAAAUUUAACUCCUCUCUCUCUCUCUAUUUGUUUGUGGUGGUUGUUAAUUUGUUCUUUUGACCGAGUCCCCAGUUAAGCUUUGUAUUAUUCUCUUCCAUCUGGAAGUGUUCGAUUGGGUGCAAGUCGGCCUUUAAGAUCA